AUGCAAAUUUUCGUUAAAACGCUGACAGGUAAGACCAUAACCCUUGAGGUCGAAUCUUCUGACACUAUUGAUAAUGUGAAGAGCAAGAUCCAGGACAAGGAAGGUAUUCCUCCGGAUCAACAAAGAUUAAUUUUCGCCGGUAAGCAACUGGAGGACGGCAGAACCUUGUCCGACUACAAUAUUCAAAAGGAGUCCACUUUACAUCUUGUUUUAAGAUUAAGAGGUGGUAUGCAGAUCUUUGUUAAAACGCUGACAGGUAAGACCAUCACUCUUGAGGUCGAAUCUUCUGACACCAUCGACAACGUUAAAUCUAAGAUCCAGGACAAGGAAGGUAUUCCUCCAGAUCAACAAAGGUUGAUUUUCGCUGGUAAACAACUGGAAGAUGGUAGAACCUUGUCAGACUACAAUAUUCAAAAAGAAUCUACUUUACACCUAGUUUUAAGAUUGAGAGGUGGUAUGCAAAUUUUCGUUAAAACUUUGACUGGUAAAACCAUCACUCUAGAAGUCGAGUCUUCUGACACCAUCGACAACGUCAAAUCCAAGAUCCAGGACAAGGAAGGUAUUCCUCCAGACCAGCAAAGAUUAAUUUUCGCCGGUAAGCAACUGGAAGACGGCAGAACCCUGUCCGACUACAAUAUUCAAAAAGAGUCUACUUUACAUCUGGUCCUGAGAUUAAGAGGUGGUAUGCAGAUCUUUGUCAAGACUUUGACUGGUAAAACCAUCACUCUAGAAGUCGAGUCUUCUGACACCAUCGACAACGUCAAAUCCAAGAUCCAGGACAAGGAAGGUAUUCCUCCAGAUCAGCAAAGAUUAAUUUUUGCCGGUAAACAACUGGAAGACGGCAGAACCUUGUCCGACUACAAUAUCCAGAAGGAGUCCACUUUACAUCUGGUCUUGAGAUUAAGAGGUGGUAAUUGA